AUGCCGCUGAUACGUCACCAGGUUGGAGACUCCAUUGUCGACCCCGAAACCUCUCACUUUGAUGCCGAGCAAGAUGUCCAAUCUCUUCUAGAUGGCUUCUAUGGCCGUGGAUACAGCCACCUCGACACAGCUCGCGAUUACUCUCCGAAUGUACCAGGUGCAUCCGAGUCACGUCUCGGCAGGGCUAAAGGCGCCUCUCGGUUCACAAUCCACACAAAAGUCCACAGCGCAGACCCGGGAGAUCAUCUACCCACAAAGCUCGGACUUAGCAUUGAUCAAUCGCUGGAGGAUCUCCAAACACCCAAUGUCGAGACCAUGUUUCUGCAUUUUCCGGACCGCCAUACUCCCUUUGAGGAAACAAUCAAAGCGAUGGACACCGCUCUGAAACAAGGAAAAUUCAAAAGGUACGGUCUUUCAAACUAUUCAGCUACUGAGGUGCAACGAAUACUCGAUAUUUGCGAGCGACAUGGGUAUAGGAAGCCUGGUGUGUAUGAGGGACAUUAUAACGCCAUUGUGAGAGGAGCGGAGAAGGAGUUGUUUCCCCUUUUGCGUAAGCAUAAUAUGGCCUUCUACGCGUAUAGUCCCGCGGCUGGCGGUCUUUUCUCAGGCCAUACUGCUUCUUCGGGACGAUGGAAACGGGAUAACUUCCUAGGCAACGUUUACACUUACCUUUAUCGGAAACCCCCGGUCCGCAUUGCAGUAGCUACAAUACUUGAGCUUGCAGAAAACCACGGCAUCAAUGGACACGCUGCAGCAUUGCGAUGGACAGCAUUUCAUAGUAACCUAGAUGGAAAGCAUAGCGAUGCUGUUAUCUUUGGUGUUUCUAAGAUGGAACAGCUUCAUGAAACGCUCGAUGCCCUUGAGGCUGGUCCUCUUCCCGAGGAUCUUGCGACAGGUCGUAUUGUCCGGAUAGCCCCUAGACAAUACAGCAUCGACAGUCUCGACGCAGCCAGAACUAUCUACGGUCACGGCAGCCAUUUUACCAAGAAUGAAUGGUACGUCCCAUGGGGUAAUCCUGCCCUGAACAACCUUUUCAACGAGUUGAAUCCGAGAGUACACUCCGACAUGCGCCGACAAGUCGCCAGCGUAUAUUCCAUGUCCAACAUGGUCUCGUACGAGCCCUACGUGGAUGAGUGCACUGAUAUUUUUGCUCAACGCUUGUCUGAAUUUUCUGAUGAGGGCCGUGUGAUUGAUCUGGGGCAUUGGUUCCAGUGUUAUGCUCUCGAUGUCAUUGGCAAAGUCACGUUCUCCAAGCGAUUUGGUUGUCUCGACGCCGGGAACGACCCUCAGGGAGUCCUUGAGGCUUUGGACGAAGCCCUGGCAAUCAGCACUAUAAUCGGUAUUUAUCCACGCGUGUAUCCCUCUCUAUUCCGCAUCUCCAAGUACCUCGGGUCUGGUAAAGAGCCACGGGGAAACGCAUAUAUAGUCAAAUUUGCAACAGAACAGGUCGCAGCCAGCCGGGUGGAAGAGAAGCCUAAAGAUAGACCUCAGGACUUUAUUUCCAAACUACUCCAGAUUCAAGCAGAACGACCGGAGACCAUUAAUGAGGCAACGAUUGAGACUGCUGGAAACACUAAUGUUGCUACUAGAUCAGACACCACGGCGAUUUCCCUUAGUGCCAUCGUAUACUACCUCUACAGAAAUCCGAGAACAUUAUAA